AGUUUCGGAGGAAUUUGAUUCUUUUGUUAGAUUGAAAUUGCAAUGGCUUCUUCCUUGGAUAUGUCACUUGAUGAUAGGAUAAAGAGCAGCAGGAGUAACAGAGAAAGAGGUAGAGGACGUGGCAGAGCCCGAGCUCACACUGGCCGUGGGACAGGCAGGAAUCCUGGUGUUGGUGGAAGAAUAACUGGUGCUGCUCGUAGAGGUCUUAAUACCCGGCCGUCAUCCUAUGCCAUUGCCAAGGCAAGCUCAAAAACAGUGGAUCCUUAUACAUGUGCUUGAGAUUCUGGAAUACUUGGAUACCCUAGUAUCCUAUUCCAGAGAGGAAAAUUAUAGAAACUCAAAAAAAUGCAAGAGGAAAGAUACAUUAGUAUUUGUUCCAAAGAGAAGCUAAAGCUUGAUCAUUCUGCAUCUUCGAUGCAAUUGUCAUAGUUUCUUUAACAUUGCAAAUAAUGUGAACCUAAAGAGUUUUGCUUUUGUGUUUGGGGGCAUGACUACAGAUCUCUGAUGUAUUCAGGAGUUUUUGGUGCUGCCUAGCAUACUAUAUGAAGGAGCUUCAUGCAUGAAUUUUAAAAUGGAGCUCUUAUGGCUAGCUGCAAAAUUUUGUAGCUCUAAAGUUGGGCUAAGUGCUAAACCAUGCUAAUCCAUUUGAUUUAAGAUCAGAUGAUUUAAAAUGCUCGAGGGCUGGGUGUGUGGACAGAUGUUUUAUUGGAUCCUCUGGCUAAGUUUGGUUCUACAGUGCAAGAUUUCUCUUUACUUCCCUCUUUCAUGGUAUUUUGCAAUGAAGCUUCCUCCGCUUACAUCAGAACUCGAGCUUCAAUUGUAGCAUUCAUAUCACAAGUUUAUUUGAAAUUGUCCAUCCGGAGGACCGGGCCUUUUCCUUGGCAGCAAGAUUUGUUUGAGGAUAGCUUAAGAGCUGCAGGGAUACAAGGAGUUGAAGUUGGUACAAAGUUGUACAUUUCAAAUUUGGACCAUGGAGUAACCAAUGAAGACAUAAGGGAGCUUUUUUCUGAGAUUGGAGACUUGAAGCGCUGUGUUGUUCAUUAUGAUAAAACUGGACAUCCAAGUGGUUCUGCUGAAGUUGUCUAUACAAGAAGAAGUGAUGCAUUUGCUGCUCUUAAACGAUACAAUAAUGUGCUUCUGGAUGGAAAGCCCAUGAAGAUUGAGAUUGUUGGUGCCAACGCAGAAUUGCCUAUAACUGCUCGGGUAAAUGUAUCGGGGGUAAAUGGGCGAAGGAAGAAAAGGACAGUUGUGAUGAUGUCUCGUGGAGGUCAAACUGGAGGUGGUGCUGGGCUCAGUCGCGCUGCCACUCGGGUACAACGUAGUGGGGCAAGGCCAAAGGGUGGAACUUCAAGUGGCCGAGGCCGUGUUCGCAGCCGUGGACGUGGCAGGGUUGGACGCCAAGGGCGUGGGAAAAAGGAGAAGUCAGCUGAGGAACUUGACAAGGAGCUGGAAACCUACCAUGCCGAGGCUAUGAACAUCUCGUAGAUGAUGACAAAGAACUUGACGUGGCAUAUGGAGUUCAAAUUUGUUGAUUUAGUUAGUUACAUUUUUAUUUAUAGUUAUUUCUUCAUGAUUGAUCUUCUCUGACUACGCUUUGUGUUGUUAAGGCUAUAUCUUGUAUUUUCAAUGCAUCAUUGGACACUUUUGAUGAGAUGUGUUAGGAAUGUGCCAAAUUAUGUAUAUUCUACGUUGUACAAGCACUUUGCCUUAUCAUAAUUAUGAUUUGCUUAGGGUCUA